AUGAUCUUGUUUUCUGGGGAGGAGUCAAAGCCGAGACUCAGUCCUGAAGCAGCGAGCAACGAGAUGCUGCGGUGUGCUGUGCUCCCCCUGCUGGUGGCUCUGCUCCACUGCAGGUCGGUUCAGUCUGAGCCGCUGCUGUUUGUGUCUGAGGAUGGACGCCAGGACAACAAGCCGUGGCUGAACCCGUCACUGUCUGAGGUGGUCCCAUCUCGUGUGUCCUCGGGCUCGCCGCGUCAGCUUGACCUGCCUGACUCCGCCCUCUUUUCUGCACCUGACUCCAUCCUUUUCCCCGAGGUUCCAAUGUUCCCCGAAUACGUGAACCUGAAGUGGGUCCGCUUUAACGGCUCUCUGCCCAAUGGUGCUGUUGGCAUCUUUAACGGUUACGCCGAACGCACCGACUACGUGUGCAAAGUCAACUGUGAGUCGGGCUUCUACUCAGAGGGCCAGGGGAGCGUGUGCCACUACCCGUACGCCGACAAAGAGUACACCUCCUCCAAGUUUGACGUCUUGGUGAACGUCGACCAUUUUGAGUUCCUGAUGUGGACGGAGGAUUCGUACGGGUCGGUGCCACAGUACUCCGUCCGCACGUGCCAAAAUGUCGACAUAUUUGUGGGUAAAAACAAAUAUGGUUUGGGCAAAGUGGUGAGUCAGCACGAGGCAUUCUUCCUGCCAUGGGAGGGGGAGGAAUACUGGUACAAGUCUUACCAGGUCCUGUCCAUCAACCACGGCGCGUACACCCAGCACGUCUCACACGUCCAGUACGACAUCGACCACAUGAAGCUCUUCCACCAUCCACCAGAGGCGCUGCAGCUCGCCAAAGUCACUAACCUGGAGUGUAACAGCGUGCAGAAGACGGUGACGCUGGAGAAGUCCACGACGCUGGAGAAACGCUGGGACAUCGGCCGAGAAACCAGGAACGGGACCGUCAGCUCCAUGAAGGCCCAGGUGCCCAUCCUCGGUCCAGGGAACGUGGAUUUCACGAAGGAGCAGACGGUGAGGUUCUCUGAGGGCACGACGAUGAGUGAGACCAUCAGCCACACGGUGCAAGUGCAGAUCCUGGUGCCUCCAAACCACUCGUGCUCUGUGAGGAUGGAGGGGCGGCGUAUGACAGCGGACAUCCCCUUUAAGGCACGUCUGAGUCGAACCAAUCGUGAUGGAGAGACACGCUGGACCUCUGUCAUCGGGACCUACGAUGGCGUGAACGUGGGCGAGAUCAACGCCGUGGUCGAGAGGUGCCAACCGCUGCCUGAUGCCCCGCCCUGUGCCCCCGAGUAUUGAGACAUCCCUGAAGCUCCUCCCUCUGUCCUUGAAGCUCCUCCCUCUGUCCUUGAAGCUCCACCCUGCGUCACACAAAGCUCCACCCAAGUACAGAGGAUGCCCCCGCAGGACGCCUAGGUGACUGCAGUGUAACUUUAAAAU